CAACCUUGUAGUUAAGGUUCUGUUUUUCCCCCACAAUCUUAUACCAUAGCUACCAUUUCAAUGUCCUCACAAUAGUUUAUUUAAAACUUGUAUGAUCCUAAAUAAAUUUUUAAUUUUAUAAAACUUUAUAAUAUUUUCUCUUUGUUACUCUCCUCCUUGGUCUUUCUUUUGAUUACUUUUUCUACAAGCAAUCAAUGGAUCAAGGAGAACUUGCACGAAUUUUUCAAAUGUUUGAUAGAAAUGGAGACGGUCGCAUUACAAAAAAAGAACUUAGCGACUCGUUACAAAACCUUGGAAUUUGCAUCUCGGAAAAAGAUUUGAUCACACUGAUUGAAAAAAUUGAUGUAAAUGGAGAUGGAUAUGUCGACAUUGACGAAUUCGGUGAGUUAUACCAAACGAUAAUGGACGAUAAAGACGAGGAGGAGGAUAUCAAAGAGGCAUUCAAUGUGUUUGAUCAAAAUGGAGAUGGUUUCAUAUCGGGCGAAGAAUUAAGCGCGGUGUUAUCUUCUUUGGGAUUAAAAAAUGGAAAAACUUUAGAAGAUUGCAAAAACAUGAUCAAGAAAGUUGAUGUGGAUGGUGAUGGAAUGGUAAAUUUUAACGAAUUUAAACAAAUGAUGAAAGCUGGUGCUUUUGCAACUGAUUCAUAGAGUUGAUGCAUGGUAGAGGGUGUGUAAAUGUUUUUUUCUCUUUUAUGUUUAGAUGAUUUUUGUUCCACAUAAAAGAAGAAACUAAGAUACACUUUGUAGAAUAUUAUGUAACAUGUUUCAAUGGAAAGGGGGGAUGGCAUAUGGUUGGUGAUUAUAUUUGAUGGGAAUUACUCAGCUUUUUCUAAGGUUGGUUCAUUGAUUCCUCAAUAUUUUUCCAAUAUAUAUAUCUUGUUAAUGAGUUGGAAAUUUUA